UGAUGAUACAAUUUUUUUUUUAUUAUUAAAGUGACGAUCCUUGUUUGAAUCAAUGUCUUCUUUAACUAAUAUGUUGUUGUUUAUUUAUUUAUUUUUAUUACUCUUAUGGACCAUUACAACGGAUAAAUGUCAAUACUACUGUAAUAUAUCUAUAUGAAACUUGUCUGGUUGGAAAACGUAUAUGAUCUUGGUUAAUGUUCUCUCUUCUCACCUCAUUUGUCCCUUCUGUAUUUGGGGUUUGGGGAACUAUGAUGUUAAUACAAUUAGACGACGACAAAGAUAGACGUUCAAGGUCACCCACUUCUUCUCGACGUAGUAAUAGUCAUCAUCAUCGUCGCCAUCGUCAUCGAAGUGUUUCAGUUAGUUCAUCAAGUGACUCGGAAGAAGAACGACGAUCCAGAAAGAAACACAAGAAAUCAUCCAGUAAACAUAAAAAGAAGAAGAAAUCGAAGAGUAAAAGAUCGGAUACAAGUGAUGACGAUUCAAGCGAUGAUGAUGAUCAUAGAAGAAAUCCUAUUACUGGCAAAAAGGUUAAACUCAAGAUCCACAAAACCUCUGAUGACAAGAAGCGAGAUGAAAAUCGAUCCAAUCUACUUGAAUUUUUGAAUUCUGCUUUUUAAAAAUUAUAGUAUAGUAUUUUACAUAUAUAUAUAUAUAUAUAUAUGAUUCAACCAUUUGUUGUUUCAAAAAUGCCAUAUCAUUUUUUAUUGUUGAUAAAAA